AAUCUCUUGUAGAGUAUGGAUUGUUACGCAGGUCAACAGAAUUCCUUUACAGUUUUGGAGGCCUCAUUGUUUCCUAAUAUUUGUCCCUCUUGCGUCGCUGGUUCAAGAAAAUGGCCCAUUCACAGCUCCCCUUUUCCACGUCUCUGCUUUCUCCGCCCCUACUCCAAGAUUGACAGCCAAGCAGCCUAAUCCUCACAAAGACUAACGGGAUUGGCAGAAUACAUUUUUCUCCGUGAGGUAAACAGCGUUUUUUAUUUAUCACUAUCUUUUUUGUUUCGUUUUUUGUUAUCUAUCAUUACAAUAUCAGCGAGGAAACCAGUAUUUUCAUCACGAAUUUCCUCUAUUGGUAUUCCCCCUACUGUUGACGUUUACGCUUCAACAAUGGAAUCUAUCCGCCCUCAGCGACUUCAACCAGGGAUAGGAUUUGGAGCUGCAUCGACUGGGACCCUACGCUCCUCUCUCCGGCCCGGGGUUACAGUUCCAACCGCACCUCUGCUGCCUCCCCCGGCCUCCCUAUGUGCUUCCUCCGGGCCACCCCCGCCGCUUCAACUCCACAGUCUUCACGGCACUAUUGGGAGUGCGGGGCUCGGAACAGGGGUGGCUGGAUUCGGUCUAUGUAAUCCAGGGAACCCGGCGGUCUUGAAGGAGGCGGUGGAGGCUGUUGUUCGGAGCUUUGCGAAGCAUACGCAGGGCUAUGGCAGAGUGAACGUGGUGGAAGCCUUGCAAGAGUUCUGGCAGAUGAAGCAGUCAAGAGGGGCAGACCUCAGGAAUGGGGCGCUGGUGGUGUACGAGAUGGUCCCAUCAAACAACCCACCCUAUGUUUGCUACGUCAGUCUCCCAGGGGGAAGCUGCUUUGGGAGUUUCCAGUUUUGUCCAACCAAGGCUGAGGCAAGACGUAGUGCUGCCAAGAUCGCACUGAUGAACUCGGUUUUCAACGAACAUCCUUCCCGCCGCAUCACAGAUGACUUCAUUGAGAAGAGUGUAUGUGAGGCACUGGCCUCCUUUAAUGGAAACAGAGAAGAGGCAGACAACCCCAGCACAGGAAUUGGGGCGUUUCGCUUCAUGCUGGAGUCCAACAAAGGAAAGUCAAUGUUGGAGUUUCAGGAAUUGAUGACCGUCUUUCAGCUGCUGCACUGGAAUGGAAGCCUGAAGGCCAUGAGAGAGAGACAAUGCUCCCGUCAAGAAGUGCUGGCUCACUACUCCCAUCGGGCGCUGGAUGAUGACAUGCGCACCCAAAUGGCUGCUGAUUGGGUGAACCGGGAGCAAGGCGUGGCUGGCACCAUCGCCCAGGAAGUGGCGGCAACAGAUCGGGAACUUGAGGAGGCCAGGCUGGCCGGCCGGGAGCUUCGCUUUCACAAGGAAAAGAAGGACAUCCUGAUGCUGGCUGUUGGCCAACUGGGUGCAGCCAACACUGCCACACUGCCUUCAACCUGCUAGGUAUACGCUGGAUUCCAACCCCAUAACUUGAUUCACUUCCAUCUGCCCACGUUGACUUCCCCCUCGUGGUUCUCAAAAGUCUGCAUAGGUGUGGGAAA